AUGUCAAGCCAUGGAGGUCCAUUGCCAGAUGUCUCCGUCCAGAAAACGGAAAUUGAUUCGCGUCUCAAUGCGAGUAUGCUAGGGACACUCAUGAUUGGAAUGUACACUAUUGUCUACCUAGGCACAAUGUAUAUUUGCUUGUCGAGAGCAAAACCGUCAAAGAAGGUUGUCGUGUACGCUAUCAGUCUUAUGUAUAUUCUGGGAAUUGCGAACUUCGGUUUCGAAUGGGCAUUUAUGCGAUGGUUCUUCGUGGAAAACGGAGAUACUAGAGAGCAUAUAUUCACCGCCAUCUUGGUUCUACCAAGGUGGCUACACGUACUAAACAAUCUCUUCGUAUUCAUCAUGCUUACGCUCGCAGAUGGCCUAUUGAUAUGGAGAUGUUUCCAUGUAUGGGGACGUUCAAGUAGAGUUAUAUCUUUACCGUUGUUCCUACUUUUUUCUGAAUUUGGGAUAUUUAUCGCUUCCAUCAUUAUCCUGCUUGUUACCAGGGCUGAGCCAACGCACCACCAAGCUCUGGUAGUAGACAGAUUAGAAUCCUCCGGAUACAUCUUAUCAGCAGCAACCAGUCUGGCGGCAACCUUCCUCAUUGCCUACCGCAUAAACCACCUUGCCGACACCGAUGCACAGUCUUCGCAUAGGAAAUUCAAACAGAUAAUCGAGAUGCUCGUCCAAUCCGUCUUCAUUUACUCAAUGGCACUGCUAGUUCAGGCGGUCGCAGUUGCCAUCCCUGCUUCGAUUAGUAGUACGAGAGUGCUCGGGCUACAGGGAUAUUCAGCAAUCAUACUUAUACCAAUUGCGGGAAUGGCGCCAACAAUCAUGGUCGCGCGCGUAAAUCUCGCGGCGUCCGACAUAGAUUUGCAUCAGAAAACACAGCGCAGUAGGGGAACAGAUCUUGUAUUCCAGUCUCAAGCAACAAACACGGCGAGCGACAGUGUCUCUCAGGUCUUGGACAGCGAAAAGGGCGCAGAGGAGUUGGCGAUCGAGCAUAGUACAGCAUUUGGGAGGUGA